UCCCACCACAUUCCACAAGCCACACACCCUCUAGCUCCAGCUUCUGCCUCUCAACAUGGGGACCUUAGAAGUACAAACACCCUACUCCACCGCUGAAAGAUCCAUCAGUGCCACCGACGGCGAUGAAGACGAGCUCUCGCCCAUCGAGGAAGUCCGGCUAACCGUGACCAACACCGACGACCCCAGCCUCCCCGUGUGGACCUUUAGAAUGUGGUUCAUGGGCUUGUUCUCAUGUGCACUCCUCUCAUUUCUCGACCAAUUCUUCGCGUACAGGACUGAGCCGCUCAUCAUAACUCAGAUCACCGUCCAAGUUGCCACCCUCCCCAUUGGCCACUUCAUGGCGGCGGUGCUACCCACCACCAGGUUCCGGAUUCCAGGGUUCGGGUCACGGUCAUUUUCGCUCAACCCUGGUCCGUUUAACAUGAAGGAACAUGUCCUCAUUUCCAUCUUUGCUAACGCCGGAAGUGCUUUUGGAAGUGGCUCUGCUUAUGCUGUUGGUAUAGUCACCAUAAUCAAAGCCUUUUAUCAGCGAAAGAUCUCCUUUUUGUCUGGUUGGCUUCUCAUAAUCACUACUCAGGUAUUGGGAUAUGGAUGGGCUGGGCUGCUGAGGAAGUAUGUGGUGGAGCCGGCCCAUAUGUGGUGGCCCAGCUCCUUGGUUCAGGUCUCUCUUUUCCGGGCAUUACAUGAGAAAGAGGAGCAACGCAUGACAAGAGCAAAGUUCUUCGUGAUUGCACUAAUUUGCAGUUUUUCCUGGUACCUGAUCCCAGGAUACCUCUUCUCAACACUCACAAGUAUAUCAUGGGUCUGCUGGGCAUUCCCCAAGUCAGUUACAGCCCAGCAAUUAGGCUCAGGCAUGAGGGGCCUUGGACUUGGAGCCCUAACCCUCGACUGGACUGUUGUGGCCUCUUUCUUUCAGCCCCUCGUUUCCCCUUUCUUUGCCAUUCUCAAUAUCUUUGUGGGCUAUGUCUUGUUAGUAUAUGCUGUCAUUCUGGCUUACUGGGGAUUUGAUAUGUACAAUGCACAUAGAUUUCCCAUAUUCUCCUCUCACUUGUUCACAUCGCAAGGACAGCUAUAUGACAUAGCAGCUAUUGUAAAUGACAAGUUUGAGAUAAAUCGACAGAAGUAUGAGGAGCAGGGACGAAUUAAUCUAAGCAUAUUUUUUGCUCUCAGUUAUGGCUUUGGUUUUGCAACUAUAGCAUCCACCCUUACUCAUGUCGCUCUCUUCUAUGGAAGCGAAAUUUGCCAGCGGUAUCGUGCUUCUUACAAGGGCAAGGAGGAUAUCCAUACAAGAUUGAUGAGGAGAUAUGCAGACAUACCUUCCUGGUGGUUCUAUUUGUUACUUGUAGUGACAAUCGCCGUCUCCCUUGCACUCUGCAUCUUCUUGAAUGAUGAGGUUCAGAUGCCAUGGUGGGGACUCAUCUUUGCUGCUGCCAUGGCAUUUAUUUUUACCCUUCCAAUCAGCAUUAUAACUGCUACAACAAACCAGACACCAGGACUGAAUAUAAUCACAGAGUACGUCAUGGGUGUCAUAUUACCAGGAAGACCGAUAGCCAAUGUGUGCUUCAAAACCUAUGGUUAUAUGAGCAUGGCUCAGGCUGUCUCCUUCCUGAAUGAUUUCAAGCUAGGACACUACAUGAAGAUCCCUCCAAGAUCGAUGUUCUUAGUUCAGUUUAUAGGAACGAUUCUGGCAGGAACAAUCAACAUUGCAGUGGCAUGGUGGUUGCUGACUACUAUUAAGAACAUAUGCCAGGAUGAACUCCUUCCUCCUGACAGUCCUUGGACAUGCCCUGGUGACCGGGUCUUCUUUGAUGCAUCUGUUAUAUGGGGUUUGGUAGGACCUAAACGAAUCUUUGGAAGUCUUGGAAACUAUCCUUCCAUGAAUUGGUUCUUUCUUGGAGGUGCAUUGGGACCGGUUGUGGUUUGGGUAUUUCAUAAGGUUCCAAAGCAAUCUUGGAUUCCCCUAAUUAACCUUCCAGUCCUUUUGGGAGCAACAAGUAUGAUGCCACCGGCAACCUCACUAAAUUACAAUUCUUGGAUUCUUGUUGGAACAAUUUUCAACUUUUUUGUCUUCCGUUAUCGAAAGCAGUGGUGGCAGAGGUACAAUUAUAUCCUUUCAGCUGCGAUGGAUGCGGGGGUUGCUUUCAUGGCAGUGCUAUUGUACUUCUCACUGGGCAUUGAGGAGAAAGGUCUCAGUUGGUGGGGUACAGAUGGUGAACACUGUAAGCUGGCAACUUGUCCUACAGCCAAAGGCAUUGUGGUUGAUGGCUGUCCAGUGAACUAACAUUUAGUUGUAUUUUCUUCUAUACAUGUUUUCAGUUUGGAAAGUAGCACAGAUAGAAUUAUCAGGUAUUGCAAUGGUUGUGUUUGAUAUCAAACUGCACCCAUGGAAGACACUACAUUUGCCAUAUGUAUUUUAACAUCUUAUACGAAAUUAUCUUGCAUUUCCAUGCAUUGGUGUUGAACGUUGCACUUAAUAUUCUGCCCCAAAAGUGACAACCAGAUUCAAUUCAAA